AGCACUUGUGUCUUUGGCUCUCUCAACCACCUUCCGACAGCUGGCCGGCUAGCAAAAUAUGUUCUCUCCAGUUUUACGACGAGUGUGUCUCUCCUCAAGAAGCUCACUGGCUAGAGCAAGCAGUACACAAUGUGUUACUCUCAUCGAAGGUGAUGGUAUCGGUCCUGAGAUCUCUAGGGCUGUUGUCAAGGUGUUUGAGGCAGCAGAUGCCCCCAUAACCUGGGAGCCUGUGGACGUGAGCCCGGUCAAGACUCCUGACGGACGAGUGACAGUGCCUGAGGGCGUCAUACAAUCCAUGGAGAGGAAUAAAAUUGGACUCAAAGGACCACUAGAGACGCAGAUAGGAAAGGGAUCCGUUUCUCUCAACCUCACUCUACGCAGGGUUUUCAGCUUGUAUGCCAACGUUCGUCCCUGUCGCUCUGUUGAGGGUUACAAGACUGGCUAUGAUGACGUCGACCUGGUCACCAUCCGGGAGAACACUGAGGGAGAGUACAGUGGCAUAGAACACGAGGUUAUAGACGGUGUGGUACAGAGCAUCAAGCUCAUCACUCACAAAGCCUCCAUGAGAGUGGCAGAGUUUGCAUUCAACUAUGCCCGCUCUGCUGGUCGUAAAUCCGUGACAGCUGUGCACAAGUCCAACAUCAUGAGACGAGCCGACGGACUGUUCCUGGCGUGUUGUGCAGAGGUGGCCAGCCAGUACCCAGACAUUGAGUACAGGGACAUGUAUCUGGACACUGCCUGUCUGCAUCUUGUGAAGCGUCCGCAUGUGUUUGAUGUCCUGGUGAUGCCCAACCUCUAUGGGGACAUUCUCAGUGACUUGUGUGCCGGACUAGUGGGUGGUCUGGGCCUCACUCCCAGCGGCAACAUCGGGGCUGACGGUGUCGCCAUAUUUGAAGCUGUUCAUGGGACGGCACCAGACAUUGCAGGGCAGGACAAGGCCAACCCUACAGCACUCCUUCUCAGUGCCGUCAUGAUGUUACAUCACCUCUCAUUCACUCAGCACGCUGACAGAAUCCAGGCAGCCAUCUUAGAGACCAUACGUGAAGGAAAGUUUGUGACGAGGGACCUAGGGGGAGGGGCCUCAUGCACUGAGUACACGAACAGAAUCAUUGCCAGCCUCAAAUAAUUAAUGUGUGUCGCUUAUAUCUAGCAACUCUUAGCCCCUUAGCUAGCUAGUAUCAUUCUGUCAUUAUGUUUAUAAUUCAUCUCAUGUUUCAGUGAUAAAAAAUUGUUUAGUGUCUCAUGAA